GUCUCGCAACCCUUGGUGCUGGUCCACUUCCUGACCCGAACUUUGAAAGCUUCUUAUCACAUGCACAGGAUGGGACAAUUUAUGUGUCUGAGAAUCUUUUAAUUUUUAUAUCUGCUGCAGUUGCUCUAGAUUACUGUUUAAAGGCGAGGCUUUUGAGGCCUUUUCCAAUUGACUGAUCAUAGCUUAAAUACGAAUUAAUUUUAACAAUUAUCACAGCUUAAAUGGACAAUGAUCAAUGUGUUGCUAUUGUUUCAAUUUACCCAUAGUCCAUCAAUUAUUCAAUUCUAUCCAAAAAUUCAGUGAUAGUCUGUACUAAAAUGUCUUCCACUUAGAUGCGAAUAUUUUAUCGUUUGUGUUGUUAA